CCCUCUUACAAAGGGAAUAUGCUGAAUUUAGAAAAGUUGGAUAGGGACAAGCAGGAUAAUAUAAUAUGAGAAUUAUGAGGAGAGAAAAGGAGAAGAAGAUACAUUGAACCUAGACAGCCAAAUGGUGGGGUUUAAGAAGGAGAAGAAGAAAGGGGAGAGAGGGCAUUCUGAAACCUGAAGUUAGAGAAAAUGGGAGUCCUGAAACCGGGUGGUGUUGAGUCAGUGAGCCUGAAGAGGAGGAAUGAGGAGCUGGAGAAGGAACUGGAGGCGAGCCAUGAAAGAGAGCUGAUUAUGAGGAAGGAGCUGAGAAGGGUUUGUGAAAGGCUAAAGGUGGCAGAGGAGGCGGAGGAGAGACUUUCGUUACAGCUCGGGGAGCUCGAGGCAGAAGCUCUAACCCAGGCACGUGAUUACCACCAACAAAUCACAUCGUUGAUGAACCAGCUCUCCCACGCUCAUAAACUGCUGCAAGCUGCCUCCAUCGCCUCCUUUACUUAGAACAACACAAACUUAACCCGAUGUGUUGGAGGCCCCUUUUUUUUUCCCCCCUUCAAUACUCCAUCGAGUAGAUGUAAUUUGAUCUCUAUUUUACUACCAUAUUCAAUAUUGUGUCGCUUUUCCCCUGCUUCAAACUUUCGAUUGAUUCAGGCCAUUAGAAUCCAAUGGUAUGGUGUGUUAAGUUUGACCUUCGA